AUGUCUAAUAAAAAUAAACUUUCUUAUUACUUUACAAACAAAUCAACAUCUUCACAUGGAACAUGUGAAUCACAUCAUAUUGAUGCUACAGAUAAAGAUAUUAUUAAUGCAAACGAAAUAAUAGUAUUGAAUGAACUCGAUAAUAAUUCCUCAACAUCAUUAUCUUCAUCAACCGUUACCUGUUUUAAUCAAGACAGUGGAAAUUUAAAUCUCAACGAAAACAGAUUUAUAACAACAACAACGAAUAGUGCUGAAUUAUUAUCUGAAAGUUCACUACUUAAUUCAUUUAAACGAGAUCCUGGUCGAGGCCCAGAAGCAGCUGGAGAAUUUUUAUUAUUAGGUCCAUAUCAACCAGUUACUACUUUUCCAACAAUUAAUCAUCGUCAUUUUUGUCUUUAUUGGUAUAAAGUUUAUCAAUGGAUCGAGUUUAGCGAAAAGACUAAAAAGGCAUAUUGUUUUGUUUGUAGACUUUCUUAUUCACAGGGACAUUGUGAUGAUGCAUUUACCAAAAAUGGUUUUAACAAUUGGUCAAUGGGUGUUAGGAAACUUAACAAAUAUCAAUCAAGUAUAUCUCAUAAACAGGCUAAUGAUUCAUAUGUUAAUGCUGUUAAAAACCACAAAGAUAAUAUGGAUGUUUUAAAGUUAAUAGAUAUUGAACAUAAAAAAAUAACAUUAGAAAAUCGAAAUUAUCUUAUCGAAAUAAUUCGAACAAUCGUUUUUCUUGCUAUACCAGGUUUAUUGUUUAGAGGACAUCGUGAAAAUGAUAAAUCAGAAAAUAAAGGUAAUCUUCUCGAAUUACUAGAAUUUCGUCGUACAGAAAAUGAAUUAAUCAGAAAAAAAUUGGGGGCAUUAAAAUACAUCCACCAUUCAAUUCAAAAUGAAAUAUUAUCCAUAAUACAACAACAUAUACUAUCUCAAAUUGUAUCUGAAAUUAAAACAUCAAAAUAUUAUUCAGUAAUGAUUGAUGAAACAUCUGAUAUAUCACGUCAUGAGCAAGUAUCUUUAGUAAUUCGUUAUACUGAUGAUCAAUUCAACGUUUAUGAACGUUUUAUUGGAUUUGAAAGAGCUUCUGAUAUUAGCGAAGAAGGUUUAUUUGAUUUAUUAAUGCUUUGGUUGAAGAAACUCGAUUUAGAUACUAAAUAUAUUGUAGGAUUAUGUUUCGACGGUGCCAGUUCAAUGCGAGGUAAAUGUAAAGGUGUUGCCACUCAUCUUAUUCAAGUUAUUCCAACAGCUUUAUACGUGCAUUGUAACGGGCAUGUAUUAAAUUUAUGUUUAGUAGAUGUUUCAGAAGUUGUUGUACAUGUGCGAAACAGUUUUGGUGUUGUUAAAUUACUCUACAAGUUUAUCGAAGGAUCACCAAAACGUCAUAAAGUUUUCGAAGAUCUACAAAAAGAACUUGGUUUUGUAUUGGUACCAUUAAAAAGUUUAUGUGAUACUCGUUGGACUUGCAGGUAUGAGAGUUUAAAAGUUAUUGUCAUUCGAUAUUCAGAAAUAUUAUCUACAUUGGAAUUAAUUGAAACUGGUGAUUCAUUCAUUUUAUUACAAGUAAUAAGAACAUUUGAUUUUGUUUUUCAUAUUCACAUGAUGAGUGAAAUUUAUUUAAUUACACACAUAUUAUCAAAAUUUUUACAACAUUCAAAUAUAUCUUUAACCGAUGCAUUAGCCAAAGUUAAAGUUACAAUCGAUUCACUUCAAUCAUUACGAGAUGAACAUGAAUUUAAAAGAAUUUGGGAUGAAUCGAUGAAGAUCUGUAUAGCUAAUAAUAUUGACGAAUCUCAGGAACGUCGCAAACGGAAAGUUCCAUUACGUUUUGGAGGUGGUGAUGCUACUACAAUUAAUUCAACAAUUCAAGAUCAAUAUCGUGAUCAAUCAUUUUAUGCAGUUUUAGAUAGUAUUGUAGCAUCUAUUAAAGAAAGAUUUGAUGAAAACAAUUUGUCUGUUGUAAUUUUAUGUGAGAAAUUAUUCUUGACAAAAGUAUUUUUGAUUGAAGAUGAAUUAAAAGAAGUUGCUCGAUUUUACCAUAUAAGUUAUGAUGAUUUAAGAGCAGAGCAACGAUUAUACAAAAUAGCACUUGAUGGAAAAAAAGAAUGA